GCGUCCCGCUCUGCGCCGGUCCAACAUGGCGGCGUCCGCGUCCGUCCGCGGGCUGGGGCGGCGGGUGCUGGCGUGCAGCUGGGAGCUGCCUUGCGCCUGGCGCGCCCUGCACACCUCCGCAGUCUGCGCCAAGAACCGGGCGGCGCGAGUCCGUGUGGCCAAAGGGGACAAGUCGGUGAGCUACGAGGAGGCGCACGCCCCGCACCACAUUGCGCACCGAAAGGGCUGGCUGUCGCUGCACACAGGUAACCUGGAUGGAGAAGAUCACGCUGCAGAGAGAACACUGGAAGAUGUUUUCCUUCGAAAAUUCAUGCUGGGCACCUUUCCAGGCUGCUUGGCUGACCAGAUCGUUCUGAAGCGCCGGGCCAACCAAGUGGACAUCUGUGCCCUUGUCUUGAGGCAGCUGCCAGCACACAAAUUCUACUUUCUUGUGGGCUACAGUGAGACUCUGUUGUCACACUUUUACAAGUGUCCUGUGCGACUCCACCUUCAGACUGUGCCCGCCAAGGUUGUGUACAAGUACAUAUAAAAGGUGCUAUCUCUUGAUCAAGUGCAUAUAAAAGGCGCUAUCUCUUGAUCAAGCUGGAGCCUGCAAAGAUCCAGAGACGUGAAAUAGAUCUUGGGAUGGCAGCAUCAACUCCAAGCUGCUGUUGAAUAAAGACCCUGCUAAUGUCUUGUC